AAGAUUAGACUAUAUCAAACAUCCAAAAAUUUUAAUAUUUUAAUUUAAGGUUAAAAGUUUAUGAACUAAAUACGUAUUUAACUUAUUAAAUUUUAAAACAUAAAAGAGGUUUAUGUGUCACACACUCGUAGCAAACUUAGAGACUUUUGAUGUAUAUUGGUAAUUCAUUGAUUUGUUAUUUGAUUAUCAAGAUUUGCCAUAAAAGAAGCAAUUCCGUUUUCCAUUAGACCAAACUUAGUAUGUCUUCUACGUGGUCUAACUUUGUGGUUAGCACGAUCACAUCACACCUAAACUAGUUUAGCCAACAACCCUUUACCAACAACGACCUGCCAUCAUAUUAUAUUGGAGUUUAAGUAUAAAUUUGAAAACUAAUCAAUGUUCAUUAAAAAAGACUGCUCAGCUUCUCAUUUCAAAGGGUACCAACUUUAUACUUCAUACAUAAUAUAAGAUACUUACACAAACACGCACCUAUAUAGAUCAGCAAAUAGUUUAUCAGUUAGAGUGAAAGUGAAUUCGAUCUCUGUAAAUAUGGUCUUAAAAAUAUGAGUCAUAUUGUCUACAAGGAUUGGUGAAGAAGAAAACAGUCCAUACUAAUAAAACUAUAAUAGAAAAAACACAUGUUAUGAGAGAUAGAUUGGCCUGUGUUCUACAGACAAGACAAAGAAUUUGAUGCAAUGAUGGAUACACACAAAGUGAAAAGGCACUUAAUAAAGCAUAUUGAAAGACAGGGAUUUUACAUUCCCUCCAGUUGUGCACAUUGUGCUAUUGGGACAUCUGUAUUAUGCAAUAAAAGUCAGAGUCCUAUUUAAGAUGGGAAAGGCAGAGGUUAAAAAAAUAUUAUUUAUAGAUACUUCUUAUGACCAAAGAUGGCAGUCCCAACAUUCCCUUUGUUUAAUUGAUGCUUUGAAAUUAUUUUAAGAUGUAUUAGGAACCUUCCUGGCUCCUCCUUGAAUUUAAGCCCUUGGCAAGCACACAGUGCAUCUACCAUUUCACUUCAGAACCUUUUUGGCCCUUUACCACACUUUUUGCAGUUGAAACAGAUAAGCAGAUAUCAAGCAAUCUAUCUACGAAUCUCUAUUAAUGUAAGUUCCAUGUAGAUUUUCAUUCAUCAGCUAUAGAUUCUCAUUCUUUGUUCCCCUGUGUGUUGUUUUUGCUUUGAAUUGGCAUACACACAGCUUUCCUGCCUCAGAAUGGAUUCUUUUAAACAAAUCUGGGGUAGUGCAGAAGGAUGUAGCAGUAGUGAAUCUGGUUGGACUAUGUAUAUUGCCUCUCCCAUGCAGGAAGAUGAUGCUGGAUGCAGCAAUGAAAAUUAUGGAAAUCAUGACAUCUAUGGUGACAACAGGAGAAAGAAGCAAGGGGCCAAAGUAGAUGAAGAAGAAAGUGAUGAUUCAAUGGCUUCAGAUGCUUCUUCAGGUCCUGUACAUUAUCACCAUGCCUAUGGUCAUAGCCAGACUAGUCACGGCACCGCGGCAUCUAAGAAAGAUAAACAAGAUCAUGGAAGCAAGUGUUCUAAGAAGAAUGCAAGCAAACAGGAGAAGAAACGUGUUGACAGCAGAAGUAAAAAAUGAUUAAAAUCUCCAUUGUAUAUGAUGCUGAGGGAUUUUUGUAACCAUGCAUCGACAUAAUUUGAAUUUGUUGAUUUGUACUCACACAUCUCUUCUACCCAAAGGAAAUAUCCCGAAACAUUCUUUGAA